AAAUAUUCCAUCAUAUUCGUCGUGUUCGCGCUGAUCUGAUCAUAUACGACAGCCAUAGCAUAUACACAUAAUACCUAUUGUCGAAUCGGUACUAGUGACACACUCGUGAUAUUCGUUCGCUCGGUGUCAAAUAUCACGAGAGAACGUCCACGAGAAUUGUCAAUGAUUCCAGAACAAUGGUGAAACUUCGUGCACGCGUGCACGCCGCUCCAAACACGAUAAUAACGCUUCCAGCCUCUUAAAUUGCUCGUUGUUAUUAUUACCUGUACCUGCUUCGUAAGUGUUAACUCCUUAAGUCAUCACUGUCAUCACCAUCCUCGGGUGCAUGUGUCACAAGAUAAACGUUAUGUGAAGACGCGAUCAUGAAAUGACACAGAGUCCCCGCGAUCUCUGAAAUAAACGACGACUGGUUAUGGUAUAUUCUGUCCUCUGGCGCAUAUCAUCACUUUGAAGGCCUACAACGAUGGAGCGGAACGGCGCCAGAGAGAUGGAGGAACGUAGAUGUAUUCGAGAUACCGGGAGGACUCUGAAGAAGUAUGGGAGCACAGCUAAACACAUGACACGGACUGAAAGCUUGGUGAAACAUAUAAUAUCCGCCUCGGAUACUCUACAAGGAAUUGCUCUCAAGUAUGGUGUUACGACGGAACAAAUAAGGAGGGUCAAUAGAUUAUGGGCAUCAGAUAGUUUAUUUUUACGAGAACACUUGCUUAUUCCUGUAAAUGCUGAUAGCCCUGCCUCUGUAUAUAACGAUGAGCCAGUAGUACCUUCUGAGGAACAUGAUGUACCUCCAAAUAUAUCUAGUCCUUCUUCUAUAUCAUCAUCUAUCGAUGAUGAGAGUUCAGUUAAUGAUUUCUUAGCUAAGAUGGAUACUUCAAUAGCUAAUGUCAAGAAAGAAGUCAAACGUGCUCAAGGGAACAGUGAAUUCUGUACCAAUAGCAAUGACGUUUACGUACAACGACGUCGUGCAUCCGCUAAAUUACGAAACUCUCACUCCACUACGUCGAAUAGUCCUUCUGACUCCAGCAGACCCGCGUCUUCUAGUGAUAUGCAUAACUUUCCAACUGCUGUAGUUAUGACGCAAGGAAGAAGAGUAAAAACUUCUUUACAAAGACUUGAGCAGCAACAAGAUGAAAUGUUCCAGUUGUAGCAACUAAGCUUACUUAUUGGACUGUAAUAAAUAUCCUGAGUGUUUCGAUUGUUAUUAAAAAGCUUCUAGGAAAGGAUGUACUGUAUAUCAAUGCGAAUAGGAGGUUGUUUCUCACGUCCAAUAUGUUGGUUGAUCCAGUAUGUAUUUCAUUGUAUUAUGUAUUGCCUUUAUUAACUUUUACUGUUGAAUGAUUAAUGUUUAUGCUCUUCUUGUGGCUGAUCCAAAUGUUACACUUAAAAUAACGCUUGCGUUAUUACCAUAUUUCGACUUUAUUCGUCGCAUAAUAUCAUGAUGGAGCGGAUCAACUAACUUUUAUACUAUUCUAAUGUAGCUCUGAACUGUUUUACAUAAUGUUACGUAGCGAACCAUAUGUGCCUUGAAUACAAGUCUAUUAUGUGAGAAUUUUCUUAAUACUUCAUUUCUUAUUAAUUUACAUAAAGAUUGAUAUAUGUUUCCAGUUACUUUUGCUUAUUUCUUUUCUUUAUUUUUAUUUUUUUUUUCAACCACUGUGAUGAACUAAGAAUUCGAUAGAAUGACGAUAAAUGAGAAUAUUGGCAAUAUUAGAUAAUAUGAAUACUGAUAGAUAGUGCAUA